AUGUCAAGUCGCUAUUCAGAAUAUCUCCCUGAACGGCCCAUGGUAGGCUAUGGCAUGAACCAACCUGAUCCACAGUGGCCCAACGGUGCGAAGAUAGCUAUUUCGUUUGUUAUCAACUGGGAGGAGGGUGGUGAAAGAAACGUUCUUGAAGGCGACGACGGCUCAGAAACUUUCAUUAUCGAAACUCUUAGUCAACCAUCUCGUAUUGGAGAACGCGAUGAGAUGGUCGAGUCGCAAUUUGAGUAUGGACCGCGAGUUGGACUUCCCCGUCUGAUGCGGCUUUUCAAAAGGUAUAACAUGACCGCAACCAUGUAUACUGUCGCAGCGGCUCUGGAAUGUGCGCCUCACUUUGGCCCUGAACUGGUCAAACAAGGGUUCGAGAUCGCUUGUCAUGGCAAUCGUUGGAUCAACUACAUGAACGUAUCGCCCGAAGAAGAGGAAAAACACAUUCAUCAAGCAAUCGACCGACUUCAAAAGUACACGGGAGACCCUUCCGUACCUCGAGGUUGGAUGAUAGGAAGGCGAAGUAAUGCAAGUCAACGACUGUAUUGUCACGCGGCGAAGGAGAGAGGGUUGGAGUUUCUGUAUAGCUCCGACAGUUACGGUGAUGAUUUGCCAUAUUGGCUUGAAAGUCCUUUGGCAUCUGAAGGCGAACCCGACGAGGGAAUGCUUAUCGUUCCCUAUAGCUUGGAUUGCAACGAUGUCCGUUUCGUCGUUCCUGGAUCUGGAUGGUCAUCGGGAGAAGACUUUUACAAGCAUCUUGUGGACACUUUUGAUGUACUGUACGAAGAAGGAGAAGCCGGCCAAGCUAAAAUGAUGUCCAUCGGUUUACACAAUCGGUGCAUUGGCCGCCCAGGACGACUAGCUGCAGUUGAAAAGUUCAUGCAAUAUAUCUCCAGCAAGGAAGGGGUAUGGGUAGCUAGGCGAGACGAGAUUGCGAGACAUUGGAGGGAACAAUUUCCUUAUUGCGCUGAGAGAUGCCAGGGCAGGGUGAUUACUUAG